AUGAGGAAUUUCUCUGAAGUGUCAUCUGUUUAUCUGUCCCAAUACCGUGGAAUGGAAGACCAGAUGCCAGUGUACUUCUGCAUUUUCCUCAUCAUAUACAUAAUCAUCAUUGUUGCAAACCUUGUAUUGAUCGGAGUGAUUUAUCGCGAAAAAACUCUACAUGAGCCCAUGUAUUUGUUGGUGUGUAACCUUUCUGUGAAUGAGUUGUGGGGCAGCACUGCACUACUGCCGGCUCUACUGGUCAACAUGCAGUCGGGCACAUAUGAGAUGUCUGUGUCGUCUUGUCUGAUACAGACUUAUGCUAUACACACAUAUGCCAUCGCUGAAUUUGGAAUUCUAGCAGUGAUGAGCUAUGACAGGUAUGUAGCCAUUUGUUAUCCGCUGUCUUAUCAUACAAUCAUGUCACAGAGAGUUGUUAAACUAAUCGUCUUAAUGUGGCUGUACCCCAUGCUGGCAUUUCUCAGUGUUUUCAGUUUUACCCUUCGGCUUUCAUUUUGUGACAGGGUCCUAGAAAAGGUGUACUGUGUCAAUUACUUACUGGUGAAACUGUCGUGCACAAACACAUUUGCCGUUAACAUAGUUGGUCUUCUCUCUGUAGUGGCUUUUGCACUUCCACAGCUCAUCAUGAUCUUUUAUUCAUACACACACAUCCUGAAGAUAUGUUUAUUGUCAUUCAUCAUUAAAUCCAAGUUCAAGGCUUUUCGGACAUGCACCCCCCACUUGCUAACAAUUAUUAACUACACUUUUGGGUGUGUUUUUGAAACAGUACAAGGUAGAUUCAACAGCAGUCACUUGUCUUAUCACGCCAAGCUGAUUUUGUCAUUGUACUUUUUGAUAUUUCCCCCUCUCCUUAAUCCAGCUAUCUACGGCUUGAGUAAUCAGCUCAUAAGGGCACGGCUCUUGAAGCUUCUCUGCAGAAAAAUGCAACCGAAUACUGUUAAUGCGUGACAGAGGCUUGAUGCUGUUGUGUGUUAAAAGUGUGUCCAGCAUGGCAAGAAAAACAUUUGGAGGGCUGAAUUCUUUGCCACUGCGCCUGUUCCUCCUUGCAUGCUGGGCCAUGUCACAGUAAUGAUUUAAAAACAUGAUUUUCUGUGUUCACUGCUUUUAAUUUGUUUUGCAGAGGUAUAUAAACCAAUAGAGCACAACUUAAAUAUGACACUCAAAUGUCUAAUUUGUUUGACUGUUUAAAUUCUUUUGAUUUGAAUCAUGUUGGGCAGGACAGUGGUGUGGUGGUCAGCACUGUUAGCACAUUGUUUUCUGUGUGGAUUUUGCAUGUUUGCAUGUUCUCUGUGUCUUUGUGGGGUCUCCCUCCGUGCGAAGACAUGCUCGUUAGGUUCUAAAUUGGCUGUAGGUGUGAGUGUGAAUGAUUGUCUGUGUUAACCCUGUGAUAGACUAGAGACCUGUCCAGGUUGUACCCUGCCUUUCACACGGCUGGGAUAGCUGACCACUG